AUGAACUGCCAGGCCAUGCCCACACUGAAGCAGCUGGCACUGAAGGGGCUGCUGAGUGAUGAAGACAUGGUCAUCUCUGCUCUGGAGGACCUGCCCACGAUGCUCUUCCCACCUGUGUUUAAGGAGGCCUUCAUUAAUGAUCAAACAAAGAUAGUGAAGGCCAUGGUAGUAAAUUGGCCAUUCCCCUGCCUCCCUCUUGGGGCCCUGAUAGAUUACUUCUAUUGGGAUAACUUCCAGGCUGUGCUGGAUGGAAUAGAUUGGCUGAGUAGCCAGAGUGUUCGACCUAGGAGGUGCAGACUGCAAGUGCUCAAUUUGCAGGAUGCCCACCAUGACUUCUGGGGAGUACAGGUGGGAACACAGGCUUGUUCCUGCUCUUCAGACACCGACCCAGGAGAGACAACUUCCACAACAGCCUGGAAGCAGCAAUUGAAGGUG